CUGGCUACGUCGGUGUAUCGUCGUUGCGCGAUUGUACGUGCUCCCGUGUGCAUUACGGACGGCUCCAGGUAUCCAGGAUGCAAGCUAUCAAAUGCGUGGUCGUCGGCGACGGUGCUGUUGGUAAAACAUGCUUGCUGAUAAGCUACACCACCAAUGCAUUUCCUGGGGAGUACAUUCCAACAGUGUUUGACAAUUAUUCUGCAAAUGUAAUGGUCGAUGGGAAACCGAUUAAUCUCGGUUUAUGGGAUACAGCAGGGCAGGAGGAUUAUGACAGACUGCGGCCAUUGUCGUAUCCACAGACUGAUGUCUUUCUGAUCUGUUUUUCAUUGGUAAAUCCGGCGAGUUUCGAAAACGUACGCGCCAAAUGGUAUCCUGAAGUGCGUCACCAUUGUCCCGCCACUCCGAUUAUUUUGGUCGGCACUAAACUGGAUCUGCGUGAAGAUAAAGAGACCAUUGAGCGUUUGAAAGACAAGAAACUAGCUCCCAUCACAUAUCCACAGGGUUUGGCUAUGGCAAAAGAGAUUGGUGCUGUCAAGUACUUGGAAUGCUCUGCUCUGACGCAGAAAGGUUUGAAGACUGUGUUUGACGAAGCGAUACGUGCUGUAUUGUGCCCUGUUUUGCAAGUGAAGCCAAAGCGCAGAUGUUUCCUUCUAUAAUAUUAAAUGUACCCCUCUUUGCACGUUGGUACUGGAAUAUGUUAAACUGUCUCAUCUCCAGUGUACCAAACGCGAAUCGAAUUAAUCGGACAAGUUACCGACAUUUGGAACCCCAGUUGUACCAGCCUAUGCUAGCGUCAACAGGCUGCAAACAUCUGCCAGCAUAAACGCACAAAUAUUAGUUCGGUAUAAAAUUUCCAGCGAGCAAGACAAGAGGGUUUCACACAGGAAAUCAUAAAUUCGGAAUAUAUAAAUUCAUUCUUAUGUGGCCUCCAACAUCCUAUAAGAAAUUAAUCGAGGAGUUUUUGUGCUCUCUCGCACGAACAAAGCUUCCAGUCUAGACAGUCUGAUAAUAGGGCUAUAAAUGCAAAUCGACUGGAUGUUCUAAGCGAAAAGAGUGUAAAAGAAGCCAAAAUAAUUGAAUUAACUGCUGUACAGUAUACUAGAGUAUAUUAUGAAUAUUAUAAUUAAUAAUUAAGUAUGAAUGGUAAAAGAAGAAGCAAAUAUUACCAUAUAAUUGUAUAAGCGUCCAAACAUUGACUGUAUACUGAUCAGUUUAAUCAAAGAGGAAAACCAUUUUAUGCUAUUUGCCAUUGUACAUUUUAGGUAGGACAUAUAUAAUUAACAUGUUUAAAAAAAAAAAAGAAGAAAACAGUUUUUCCUUAUCGCAAAGGAUUGCAAUACGCGUGUCAAGAUAUAAAUUUGGAGAGAAAGAGAAAAUAUUUUUUAGAGAUAUGCAUAGGGUACAUGGCAAAUCUGUUUGGACGAUAUUCAUCUAGAUGUUCAUUAUAAAUGUGAAUAACAGUAAUUCCACACACAUACACAUUUCUCAAAGUACUUAGAGCAACCAUACAUAUUUUUCUUUUUAUUCAGAUAUUCACUAAUAAUAUGUUAAAAGCUUCAAAGCUUUGACAAGAUUGCUUUUGCAAAGAGAGUUAGCUGUUGAAAAUUUCACUGAGAGAGUUUGUUUGUCUAAAAUCCCAGAUUUAUUUAAGAAUUUGUAUAUAAAAUCUAAUUUCAGACAUUGAAUGUGUAAUCAAAUGUCAUUCAAUGUUAGGUGUACAUGUCCGACAUUUUCUGUGUUCAUUCGUACAAUAGUUAACAAUAUUUUCAAUUUUAUGUGAGUUCAUGAUGAUUAAAAAACGAUGAUUAAAUGACAGAUACACGAACUUAAAACAAAACAAAAAAAUAUAUAUUAAUAUAGCUAUACAUUUUCGAAGCGGAAUCAGUAGCACAGCGGCCGCAUAACAUGGCUUCCUUCUUCCACUAAAUUGGUUAACAAUUACAUAAACAUUACAAUUACUGUAAACGUUACAUACCAUAAUUUAAGAGAUAGCUAACUAUUGUACAAGAGUUUUUUAGAUGUAUGUGAUAUAAGUAUAAAAAUAUUAUCAAGUUUACAGAUUUCUCUGCUUCGUUCGUAAAUAUCUUUUACAUGACAUGAUCUGUGAUUAGUUACGCGCGAUAUGCAUUUCUUUUUACAGAAACUGUCGUGUUAUCGAGCUGGAAUUAAAAAGAGUAUUGCCCACAGACUUCUAUAAUAUAUAGAAUAAUAAUAUAAUAUAAUAGAAGUCUAUGGUAUUGCCGUAUAAUCAUCU